AUGGGCCGCAAGCAGCCUGCGCGAGCUGCUGCAGUGCUGGCCGCCCACCAAGGCCAAUCAUUGCUGUCCGAAGAGAGGCGUGCGAUCAGCAACAAGCGGCACCUCGACGACCUUGAGAAGAGCAACUACACCGAGCCUGGCGUGUCGUCCAGUGCAGCGAGAGGCGGCAAUAUCGACGGGCUCGACGGCGACGAAGGUGCAGAGCGACCGACGGGCUCACGACAUCUGCGCGCUGCGGCCGAGGAGGGCAGCAAGCGGCGCAAGAAGAUGACGACUGCGGUCAGGAUGCUGCUCAUGUACUCGAAGAAUUACAACACCCUCGUGUCAGAAGCGAACUUGCCUCUCGACCAGCCAAACUAUCGUACUGCUCAAGCGAAGCCUUCGCGGUAUCCGCCCUUGAGGCUCUGCUCGGUCUGUGGCAGCAAGCCUGCCUAUAGCUGCAUUCGCUGCGGGAUCGAAUAUUGCGAUCUGACCUGUCGAGCCACGCACGACGAGUCUCGCUGCGAGCGACGGAUAGGCUAG